AUGGGAGAGCUGUCUCAGGCGGCGUCGCUCCGCGGCCACCGUGGCGGUGUGAACUGCCUCGCGGGCGAGGGUGACAUGCUGGUCUCGGGCGGCGAGGACGGGACCGUCCGUCUCUGGGACCUCGGCGCGCAGAGGACGGCGCGGGCGAUGGUUGCUCCCGGCGCUCAGGCCGUGAACGCUCUCGCCGUGGGCCGUGGAGGGUGCGAGCACUUUGUCUUUGGCGCCGCUGGACGUGACGUCUUUGCUUACGACCUGCGCGCUCCGGGCGUGCUGAUGCGCGAGCCUGCCGUGCCGUCGCUCGGCGGGAGCAGCGACGAGGUGGGAGCGCUGGCAAUCGACGCGGCUGGCGAGCAUGUCGCGAUCGGCGACGACUCGGGCGAGGUGCGCGUCGUCAACCUCGAUGGCGAUAGCCAGCCGCCGGAGCUGGACGCCGCUCACGGCUCCAUCUGUGCCUGCCUCGCCUUUCGCCCAGCCGGUGGCGGCGGCGGCGGGCUCGAGCUGCUUUCGGGUGGGACGGAUGCGUUUGCUGCGCCGCGCGUGAUCAACCCGCGGCACGUUCACUCGCUCGCCUUUGAGCCCGGCGGCACCGCCUUUGCCGCCGCCCUCGGCGACGGGUCGAUCGAGCUGCGAGACGCGAACCACGGCGCUCUCCUCGCGGCGGCUCCGUCCGCGCACGGCGCCGCCGCGUCGCAGGUGGUCUUUGCGCCGCAGCUCGGCGGUGCAGGGUGGGGGACGGCGGUGCCGCUCCUCUCUGCGGGCGACGACUCUCGGCUGCGCCUAUGGGCGUGCGAGCCGCCGCCGGCCGAGGGGGCGUCGGAGGGGGCCAGCUUGCGCGCGGUGGGGUCGGCGAGCCUCGCGCAGAAGCCGAACUGGGUGUUGCCCCACCCGUCGGGCGUCGUGUGUGUCGCCGGCACUUCCGACGCGGUGGGUGUGUGGCGCGUCUCUGGCGGCAUACGCAUACGCACCUGA